AAUAGCGUACCCAUAGUUUUAUUGAAAAGAAUCCCGGAUCACUUAUCUUUCACAUAUGUGUCUGUCUCACACAUUUAAUUGCGGAGUCGGCCUCACACAUUUAAUCGUAAAGUCGGCCCUACACAUAUGUGAGAGAUAUGAAUGAUCGGGGAGUGAUCGGUAGAAGUCUACGUCCACCUAUUGAAUAGUAUAUCUCCACACAUCCAAUCAGGUUUAUUUAUUUAUUUAUAUUCCCCUGCAUAUGGAUGUGCAGGAACCAAACAAGUAACUGCCAAAACCAUCCUUUUCACCACAAUAUAAAUUUUACCACCCCUUCUUUUUCUCUACUCUUUCCCUCCAAAUGCUCCAAAUCUCAUCAUCAUUGACUGUAAAACCCCUCCUAAUUCCAAAAACCCAAUGGAAAAAAUCCAGGGAACGUCCCACGACCACGACUCUACCAACUCAACCCCCACCCGAUCCUUCCCUCCUUCACCGGACCCCUCCUUCCCGGCCCCACACUCGCCGGCUGCCGAAUCCUCCCUCUCCUCCGAUCUAAGUCACCACAGCUCCCUGUCCCAUGCAUCCUCCCCAGAACAAGAAAAAUCACGAAAGCCAGUUUCACCGCCGGCGAGAUCCUCCCCGGAGCAAGAAAAAACAAGGAGACCGGAUUCACCUCCGGGAGACUCGCCGGCGUACUCGCCGGCGAGGUCCCCGUCGCCGGAGCCGAUGGUGUUCCGGUUUGCGCGGGGAGAGACGGAGGCCGUGAGGAAGGUGGAUCCGGGAUCGGCAGACGGAGGGGGACGUAGGGUAUACGGAGGAGCUGCGGUGGAAGUAGGAGGCGGCGGAGGGCGGCGACCGAGGGCGGGGACGUCGGGUUUGAGGAGAGGGAUGAGGGAGGAGACGGUGAGGAAGGUUGGGUUGGGGCUUAGGGUUUGUGGGUUGUUUUUCUGUUUGGUUUCGCUUGCGGUUAUGGCUUCGGACAAGAAUAAAGGGUGGGCUGUUGAUUCCUUCUUCCGGUACAAGGAGUUCAGGUACGUCUUGUCAGUGAAUGCAAUAGGGUUUGUGUAUUCAUUUGCCCAGGCUUCAUAUCUAGCUUACCAUUUGGCUACCAGAGAGUACAUUUUCCGGCACCCGCUUCGCUAUUACUUUGAUUUCGGCAUGGAUCAGAUAUUGACUUACUUUCUCAUGUCAGCAUCAUCAUCAGCUGCCACCAGAGUUGAGGAUUGGCUAUCUAACUGGGGCCAAGACAAGUUCCCAAAGAUGGCGACUGCAUCUGUGGUAUUAUCCUACCUGGCAUUUCUGGCAUUUGCCUCAAACUCUCUCAUCUCAGGUUAUGCCCUUUGCGCUUUCAGAUCUACGUAAUUGUGUGACCUCCACAUAGGUGAUCUAUGUACUCCUUGUAUUUAUGCCCUUGGCACUUUCAGAUCUACGUAAUUCUGUGACCUCCACAUAGGUGAUCUGUUUACUCCUUGUAUUUAUGUAUCUUGAUAAAUGCUGUAAAAAGAAAGGCAAAUGUUGUAGAAAUUCUUAUUAUGUUGUAUAGAGAAACAUGUUUGGAUUAGUUCGAUCAUCUCUUGGUGACAGUUGUCGUUUGUACUGUAAUUUUACUGCAACAAUCGCUUCUAGUAUAUGAUUGAGAUUCACAAUUUGGGAUA